UCAAUGCUGUUUUCAGUGUACAGCUUGCCGGAAAUUCAUUAGAAGAAGAAGAGUUAACGCUGUUUUCAAUGUACAGCCUGCCGGAAAUUCAUCAGAAGAAGAAGAGUUAACGCUGUGUAUGUCAUCUUUAUGUGACGCGCUUUUUUAAAUCAUCGCAGAAGCAAGUAGCUAGCUUGUUUUCAAGAAUGGCAAGCUCCAAGAAGGGGAAGAAAGUUGUGAAUCAAGAGGAACUCCGUCGAUUGAUGCGGGAAAAACAAAGACAAACGACAGAGAAGAAGCGCGUCGAGUCUCCUUUCGCUAAAUACAACAGUCUCGGACACCUCAGUUGUGUCUUGUGCAACGUGCAGGUGAAGUCGGAGCUCCUGUGGCCAGCUCAUGUUCUCGGUAAACAGCACAAAGAAAAAGUUGCCGAGCUUAAAGAAGCGAAGCAAGCACCGGCACCAGCACCGGCACCAAGUCAGCCGUUGAAGAGGAAAGCACCGGGCAACGAGGACGUCAACGGGAAAAAGGCAAAACCGGCGGUUCAGGCUGCAGGCCGGGCUGCGUCAGAGCUGCCGGGAGACUUCUUCGAGAAACCCAGCAGUAAAGAACCGGCUGCUGCUCAGACAUCUGCAGGUCUGAGUCUGUUGGCUGGGGUGUAUGAUGAGGACAGUGAUGAAGAGGAGGCUGGAGCGGCGGGGACAGCAACAGACGCCCCUACUCAGACGGCUGAAACUUCAGGACUACCGGCAGAUUUCUUUGACAACUCCAUCCCACCUGCCCCCGCCAUCUCCCACUCAGGAUCCAUCCUCAAAGCGGAUGCGUCGGAGAAAAGCGCGGAAAUUAAAGAAAACACAGCCGAGGCGCUGCCUGAGGGCUUCUUCGACGAUCCUGUGAGAGAUGCCAAAGUGCGCAACGUGGACGCACCCAAAGACCAAAUGGACAAGGAGUGGGAAGAGUUUCAGAAGGAGAUACGGCAGGUGAACACAAAAUCUGAGGCCAUCGUAGCCGAGGACGACGAGGAAGGUCGCCUUGGACGUCAGAUAGACGAAAUCGACGAACAAAUCGAGUGUUACAAGAGAGUGGAGCUGCUGAGGGACAAGCGGGAUGUGGUGAAGAGCAAACCUCUUCCCAGGAAGGAGGAACUUAUGGAGACUGAUGCCAGCAUUGAGGAGGAAGAGGAGAAUGAAGAGGAACUGCUGGGGAUUUUGUCCCGGGACUGGAGGGCCAAAGGGGCACUGGCAUAAAUUUCAUACAACUGUGAACUGUAAAAAAAAAAAAAACCCAUCAGUGACUGUUCUCAUGUUUGUCCAGAAUGUUUGAAGGAGAGGUUCACAAGACUUAAGACAACAUUCAGGUCCUGUUCAUACUGACCAUUGACUGUAUACAAAUCUUUAUAUACAGUCAAUGAUACUGACCACUAAAGGAUCCCUCCAUAAUGCACUAAAAUGUAAGUGAUGGGGGCCAAAAUCCACAGUCCUCCAUCUGUGCAAACAUGUAUUUAAAAGUUUAUCUGACGCUAAUAUAAAGCUUAAGUCUAAAAUGAAUCAAUUCAUGUAGAUAUCUUUAACGGUAAGUCUUUUUAGUGCCAAAGUUCCUCUCUUUGUUACUAUACUUCCACCACAGCUUAACACUAUCUGAGGAAACACAA